AGGGUUGCGAAAAUCUUUGACGCUCACUGCUGUCCCUGAUCGGCGUGUUGUAGUUUCUCUUGCAGUGAUGGCCAGACCGUUAUCAGCCGCUUACAUACGGGGAAGGGCGUACGCUCUGGCUCGUCGGGAUUUGGAGAAUGAUGAAGCGCCUCCGCUACACCCUCCCCUCCAAGCCCCUGCGCCGGCUCUCGAUCCCCCUCAAGACGCUGCACAGGAGGCGGCGGCCCCGGAGGGUGUCGAAAUCGGCAAUCACGCGGUGGACAACAAUGAUGAUGACAAUUCCAAUAGUGACGCGGAGCUUACCGGCAGUGAUAGUGAUAUGAUCGACAGUAGCGGUGCCAGUGGUAAUGGCGAUGAAAACAUUGAAAUGGAUAGGGAGAGUGAAAACAAUGGUAGCACUAGUGACGGUAACAAUACUGAUAUUGACGGCCAAAGUGACGAUAGUGGCAGAAAUAGUGAUGAUGAUGAUGAUAGUGACAAUAUCAGAGACGGUGAUGACGAUAUGCCAGACAGUGAUGACGAUAUGACAGACAGUGAUGAUGACGAUUAUGAUUACGACAAUCGUGGUAAUGACAGUGAUGACGACCGUGAAUUACUUACUCGAUUGGCAAAGUGGAGUUUACAGUACUCUAUAACGCUCGAGGCAACCACAGCACUUCUUGCAAUUUUGAGGGACGAUCACCCAGAACUUCCGAAAACAGCAGAGUGUCUCAGACGCACUUCCAAAAGGCGUUUGGAAGUCAAGGAACUUGACAAUGGACAAUAUGUGCACCUGGGGUUUGAUUCUCUUUUUAGUGGCAUUGAUCCAACUCGUGUUGAGGGCGGUGUGCUGGAAAUAGACUUUGGAAUCGACGGCUUGUCCAUUUUCAAGAGCACUGGAACUGAGUGUUGGCCUAUUUUAGCCAGGUGCGUAGCGGGUGACGUCGUGGCACCUGUUGUCAUAGGCAUAUUCUACGGUAGGGGUAAGCCUACACCAAUUCGUCGCUACCUUCAAGACCUAAUUGACAAUAUUCAAGAGUUAUCUCAGAACGGUGUGGUUAUUGGCAAUAGACGAUUCGAAGUGUCCGUGAGAUGUUUCAUAUGUGAUGCUCUUGGCAGAGCGUACUUGCGAUGCUGUAAGGCGAAUAGCGCCCUGAAUGGGUGUGAGAAGUGUGAUCAAGAAGGCUACAAAAUUGGUCACAUCACUGUGUUUCAGACUGUUUCGGGUGUGCUUCGGACUAAUGACUCCUUCAGAAAUCAGAAUGACCCUGAUCAUCAUAAUGCAAUUUCUCCUUUAUUGGACCUUGACAUUGAUUUGGUGUUGUCAUUCCCACUAGACCCGAUGCAUUUGGUUGAAUUAGGUGUUAUCAAGAGAUUCGUUGACUUUAUUCUAGAAAGAGGGAAUCUGAAUAUUAGACUGUCACCUCUGCAAAGACAUCUAUUUGAUACCUUUAUGAUUGAAGUUGCCCGCUUCCUACCGUGUGAAUUUAAGCGUAAAUCGCGAUCUCUGACACUUAUGAGUAGAUAUAAAGCUGUAGAGUGGCGUCUUCUUUUGCUGUAUCUCGGCAUUAUAAUUUUCUCCAGAAUCCUGCAUCCGCAAUUGUAUAGGUGUUUCCUGUUGUUACAUGCCUCCUGCUUCAUUAUGAGCAACGAUGUCUUAAUACAUAAUUUUCUUCCCCUCUGCCAGAAUUAUCUUGAAAAUUUUGUAGCUUUUAGCUCUGCCAUUCUUGGCCCAACAUUUGUCGCCUAUAACGUGCAUAACUUAUUGCACUUGGUUUCUGACGUCCAGUUGUAUGGCAACUUAAUGUCUUUCAGUGCCUAUCCUUUUGAGAAUGAACUACGCCACCUUAAAAGACUAGCUAAAAGUGCACCGCUACCCUUGCAGCAAAUCUGUAAGAGGGUGAUCGAACGAAAUAGGCUUCACGUCAAACGAAGAAAGAAACAGAUCCGUGGUUUUCAAAUGCCACAUGAAGAAGGUCCUGUAGCACAUCUAGAAAAUGUUGUUCGACAAUUUUGCAAAUAUGAGUGUGAAGAUUUCACACUAAGAAGACGGAGACCUGAUAACUGUGUGUCGUUCCGAAAUGGACAGAUUGGGCUAGUCAGAAAUAUUGUAGAAUGCGUCAAUAAUGGCCUGUCAUCAUUUCAUGUCGUUGUUCGAGUUUACUCGACUUCUGAGAACCUGUACGACUAUCCCCUAGAAUCGAGCCUCUUGGGCAUUUUUAAAGUUUCCAAUCUCACCCCUGAUAAUUUUGUGUUCAAUAUCGGGGACAUCAGUCACAAGUGCCUUCUUAUUCCUUCCCAAGGGUCCAAUGUGUGUAUUCCUCUACUUCACAAUUUUCAGUAAGGUAAGUUACUUGGCUGUAUUAUUAAAUACCUUUAGUGCAUGUGCAUCCCAAUCCAUUCAUGCCAUGUGGGUGUAGGUAAGGUGCCCGCCCUUUUACAGUAGUAUAAUUUAGUUGUUCACGUAGUGUCACGUAGAUCUGUUCCCUCUGAGCCCACAACAAUUUGAGUGCAAAACAAACUAAUAUCCAUAUUUCAGCCAUUGCAUCUGCGCUGUGCAGCAACUAAGUGGUGCAUCUGCUACUCUUACUGCGUUCCUCAAAACUUUGAAUUCCUUUUCAGGGCAAAUUUUGUAUAGUAGACUUCUCCAGAGAGGAUGGAAAAUUUGAAACAUCUGUAGUGCCCCAAUCAUGGGUAAAUGAGA